ACCUCUCUGGGGCAGGCCCGGAAGCGGGAUUGGGGAGGUUGGUGUACUUCCGGUCCUGCCGGGGGUUUUGCUGCUGCUGCUGUCGCUGUUUUAAGCCUGGCUGCUCUCGGCCUGGCUGCUGUCCAGCCUCCUCCGGGAAGAUGUUCUACCAUAUCUCCCUGGAGCACGAGAUCCUGCUGCAUCCGCGCUACUUCGGCCCCAACCUUCUUAACACCGUGAAACAAAAGCUCUUCACUGAAGUGGAGGGGACCUGCACCGGCAAGUAUGGCUUUGUAAUUGCUGUCACCACCAUUGACAAUAUCGGUGCUGGUGUGAUCCAGCCAGGCCGAGGCUUUGUCCUUUAUCCAGUUAAGUACAAGGCCAUCGUUUUCCGGCCCUUUAAAGGGGAGGUCGUGGAUGCUGUUGUCACUCAAGUCAACAAGGUCGGACUCUUCACAGAAAUUGGGCCCAUGUCCUGCUUCAUCUCUCGACAUUCCAUCCCAUCAGAGAUGGAAUUUGAUCCUAAUUCCAACCCACCAUGUUACAAGACAAUGGAUGAGGACAUUGUGAUUCAGCAGGAUGAUGAGAUUCGCCUGAAGAUUGUUGGGACCCGUGUGGACAAGAAUGACAUCUUUGCUAUUGGCUCCCUGAUGGAUGAUUACUUGGGGCUUGUGAGCUGAGCACCAGGCUUUCCUACUUUGUUUGGUCCUUAUCGAGGAGGUGUGACUGCCACACUUCCCAUGUUGUCCAGAGGCCCAGUCUUGGUGCUGUGGGGGAGGCAAGGUAGGUUCCUUGUCCUCAGAAGACAUUGGGUGCUUCUUGUGGCUUAGCAGCCACUCCCGGAUUUUUGACUGUAUUUCGUAACCAUAAAAAGUCCUUGAUUCUCA